CUGACAUGCGCAGUGCUUUGACUGCAAUAUGUCCAAAGAUUAGGGCACAGCAAACUGUAGAUGCCAAUGGGACUGCCGGCGUUUUUAUCUAAUUAAUCACAAAUCAGUGACAAAAUGGCCGCAGUUAAGGGACAGAUGUCACUGAUAGUUACCUCGGAUAUUUCGACGCUGAAGUGAGUAAAUGGGAGGAAAUAUCGGCAGGAGUGUACGUUCAUGCAGCGCGCUUAACUUAGCAAAGUGAAGGAACUUCGGUUGUGGCGAAGGAAAUAAUAGGAGAACAGGAACUGCAUAGACAGGGCGCUAGCCAUGGAAGAUUUUGGGACCGCGUUGGAGAAGAAUGCCUCGGAUCUGACGGUAAUGGACGUGUACGACAUCGCCGCGGUCGUGGGACAAGAGUUCGAGCGUAUAAUUGAUCAGUAUGGGUGCGAAGUGUUGUCACGUCUGAUGCCUAAAGUGGUCCGGGUGCUGGAAAUCCUCGAGGUCCUGGUUAGCCGAAAUAGCAUCAGCCCUGAAACAGAGGAGCUGCGGCUUGAACUGGACAGACUGCGUCUGGAACGGAUGGACCGACUGGAAAAAGAAAAGAAACACAAAAAGGAGCUGGAGCUGGUGGAGGACGUGUGGAGAGGGGAAGCCCAGGACCUGCUGACUCAGAUCGCCCUGCUGCAGGAGGAGAACAAGUCCCUGCUCAGCAACCUGUCCCUCAAAGACUCCCCCAUGAGCGAAGAGGACCUGCAGAGGCAGGAAGGUAUGUCGGAGAGGGAGAGGCAGGUGAUGAAGAAGCUGAAGGAGGUUGUGGACAAGCAGCGGGAUGAGAUCCGUGCCAAGGACCGGGAGCUGACUCUGAAGAACGAGGACGUUGAGGCACUCCAGCAGCAGCAGAGCCGGCUGAUGAAGAUAAACCAGGACCUGAGGCACAGGAUGACGGUGGUGGAGGCCCAGGGGAAGGGGCUGAUCGAGCAGAAGGUGGAGCUGGAGGCCGCGGCCCAGGCGCAGCUGCAGGAGCUGUCCGGCCUCAGGCAGGAGCUGGCACAGCUGCAGCAGCACCAGCAGGGGGCGCCCAACCUCAACGGAGAGGAGCCACCCGCGCUGGCGAAGCUCUCAGAAGCAGCACCGGCUACAGGAACAGGAAGUCAGAGUGCACUUAUGUCAGACCUCACAGACCCUCCCCAAACCCUGACAGAGCAUGUUGAGUCUGAGGGGCGCGUGUCCCCCUUUCCCCAGUUUCUGAACUGGGGCUCUGAGGAGCAGGAGGGGGGUGCUGAUAAUGAUGAGGAGGUGGAGGAGGAGGCUGUGUUUUUAUGGGAGGCGCUGUGUGACGAAGACCUGGCAGCAGAGAGGGGCGCUCUCGACCCGAAAGACCCCAACCGGCCCCGAUUCACCCUCCAAGAGCUGCGGGACGUUCUGCACGAGAGGAACGAGCUAAAAGCCAAAGUGUUCAUGCUGCAGGAGGAGCUUGCGUACUACCGAAGCGAGGAUCCGGAGGAAGAGACUGGAUCCUCCACGUCAAGUCCCUCCCCCGUGCCACGGGCCCGCCCCCACCCCAACACCCAACCAGAGUCCGGGAUCAAACGCCUAUUUAGUUUCUUCUCCCGGGACAAGCGACGGGGCUCCCAGAGGAACGCCCAGCUGGACGGCAGUUUGGGCUCGUGGGCGGGGAAGGACGAUGUGUACACAGAGCAGGCCCAGGAGGCCCUGCCGCACCUGUAGCCAUGGAAACCAGCACGUGGUUCUCUGUGACCUCUGACCCUGCCCCGCAUUCACCUCAUUAGGGUCCCCCCCUUCCCACCCCUCCCCUCCUCAGCCGCAAACAGCAGAACCCACCACAAGGGGGCAGGGCAUGGUGUGGUGAGUCAUAGGGCAGCUUCAGUAUUACUACAAUUUUACAACAACAAACAAAACAAACAACAGCAGCUCUAGUUGGUCUUAAGCUGUAUCCACGCAUGGGUCGGGUGUGCAGGCACUCCGGCAUGCCGCAUCGCAGGUGUAUUGUGGGUAACGUGAGACGCAAGACGUGAAUUCAGCCCGACAGGAGCGGAGUGGUAAAGGCAGGAGCCAGCCUGCGAGUCCACGGUGCACCAGAGGGUGGCGUCCUUGCAACAGAAAGUGUGGGAAAAUGUCCAAGAAGAAAUGUUUCAAGAAGUAGGAUGGAACCAGUGGUCCAGAAAUGUAGGAAGGAAAGCUUUGAGGCAAGUUUUAUCGAAGGUUCAGGCAAGAAGAAGAGUUGAGCUGGUGGACCAGGAGAGCGUAUGGCGUGAGGAGAGACAGGACAGCGCUGAAAAGAGGGCUACUUAGCCAAGAAAUAAAUGUCGUCUUCACCUCAUACUAAUAAGCUGUGAACAAGGCAAUACCCCACAGAGGUCUAUUAAUUCCACACCAGGCAGUUCCACAGUCAUGCAGUGGAUCUGUAUCUCUGCUAAGAUUUCGCCCUGGUGGGCAUUUCCUUGACAGGAAGUGGACUGAUGUGACUUUUAUGCAGUCGUGCGUUACGUGGCAUUCUUAAGCAAAUUAAGAAAACUCAGUGUUCCAUGCAUUAUCCACACCUCAGAAGGAGUGUAAACAUUAAAUGCUAACUCUGUGAAUGAGUGGAGCUGGUAUGUGUGACAAACGCACACACAUUUCACGCAUUUCCAAGCAAAAAACACUUUCAAGGGGGUGAUGUUUGGAGUAAAUAUAUGUUUGUACCUUAAAAAAUGGAAUGUGAUGGCAAUACUAUUUUUGAACAACUAUAUAUGCUUUUUUUAAACGUGUGCUAAUUUAAUGAAUGGUCGGGCCCGUGUGUAGGGCGUUUCUCUUUGAGGCAAGGUUGUGGAGGCAUUGCGCUGGGGUCUGCACUUCUGUUAGGGCGGGACUUCAUUUUCAGUUCGCUCAGCACAGGAAAUAGAUUUAAAUUCAAAUCAUGAAUGUAAAAAAUAUCCAUAAUGUUCUGUGACAGUGAUCCUCAGCCCUAGCCCUGGAGAGCCACAGAGUCUGAUGGUGAUUGUUUUCACCAUGAGAUCAGCAAUUUGACUGAUUCUCACCAGAGAAACCAUGUGACCUGAGUCAGCUGUGUAAUAAAGUGUGCUACUUAAGUGCUGAGUAACGACAAAAUGCAGAAGACCUUGUGGCUCUCCAGGACCAGGACUGAGAACCACUGUUCUAUGGGGAUCUUCCAAGGUCAUGACAUAAAUUGACUGAACUCUGAACUUUAAUGGAGCUGACCGCAGCUCUCAUUCCUGCAGCUGGGCCAGGCAGUCAGGCAUCAGGGCAGGGGACUCUGGGCCUGGAGACCCACAAGUUCAGCUGCUUUUUGUCUUCACUGUAAAAUCAGCACCCAAUUCAGACACAAAUAUCCAGAUGAACUUGGUCAACUGUAUCAUCAACUGCUCUGCUUGAUUAUUGAAGUUUACAGUGGAAAUGAGCAGAACCUGUGGCUCUCAGGACCUGGCACACGCCUGCAGCAGGGCUACAAGCUGAAUCUAACUCCGGUCCUGGAGGGCCAGUCCGAGUGCUGGUUUUUGUUCCAACCGAUCACCUUAGUUUUGGUGUUCUGACAGCUCUGUAAACUAUGCUGGUUCACUGCUGUACUUGAGAACAUCUUUAAGAGGAGACACUUGCAGUCUGUGGCUGAAGUGUAGCUGGUGCUUAUACAAAUGUCAGGUCAAGAUACGACUGAGCCAAUUUAAAUAAUGGCAGAAAUGGCAGAAAAUUCUGAAUGUUUUGCAAGAGGGGGUUACCUGCUGACUGAACCCCUCCCUCCCUGGACAACAAUAUGGGCAGUUAUGCAUCACCUCAAAAAACUCAAAAUGGCACCUGCAGUUUCAGACUCUGUGUCUCUUCACCAAGGACUAGAACAGUAGCUGGAGCACCCCCCCCCCCCUUCUUCCACAAGAAAAUGAGUGAAAAAAUACACUUAUACAACCAAAGAAGCGUAAAAACAUUCCCUCUGUUUCUGGCUCUCCAUGAAGACAUAUGAACAUGUGUCAAGACCCAGGGUCCUGUUUUAUAUGGCAGGACUUGUGCCAUCUUCCUGCUUUCAGUAUAAGGCCGAUAAUCCUGGCACAUUCUCUUCUGGGGCUAAUGGGCUCCUGAGCAAAUUUAGAUUCACGUUUCAGCAUUCAUAUACUUUACUGAAGCAGUUCAGGUUAAGUACCUUACUGCAGAGUAUAUUGGCAGUGCUCGAGCGGGGAAUGAAACCUGCAGGCCCUGUUCCUUAAACAUGCAACAGAGCCACCCAACCUAAUCCGCGUGCAUUCUAUAAUGCGGUAAGGGGUGAUAUUUUUACAAUUGUUGGUUCACAAACCAAUUUUAGCAUUGAGAACGGCAAUGCAGGCCAGCACUGAACAGACAUGCAAGGGUGAUAGAGACAGUAUUACUUUAAUCGUCCCUAUUAUUUUGCAGGAAGGGGGAUUUAGCUGAUAAAUGACACACUGAUACUGGAAUUCAUAUUUAAAGGGAACGUGACUCUUUGUUUGCUUGAUAUUAGGCUUGCACUUUGGCCUGCUUUAGUCUCAUUUAAGAAGACACUGACGUGCUGUUCCUGUUGCAUUCUAUUCUGCUGCGUUUGAGAAUAAUAGAUGAGCUUUAUUUAUGCAGUACAGCAGUAUGGUUUCCAUUUUGCUCACAGCGCUUCGCUUUGACGCUACAUUACUGUUUUUAUAUGAAAGGCAUUCAUAGAUAUUUAUGACCCCCUCCUCCCCCCAGUGCAAUACAGUGUUCAUUUCAGUCAUGCCUGCUCAAUAAAGCACUUACUGUGUUUA